AUGAAGCGGCAGGCACGUAAGCUUAAGUGGACCAAGACACACCGGGCUCUACGCGGCAAGGAGAUGAUAGUCGAUCAGUCUCUUCUGCUCGGUCAAUUCGCGAAGCGACGCAAUGCACCCGUCAAGUACGACAGAAACCUGGUGCAGGCCACGAUGAAGGCGAUGGAGCGCGUGGAGGAGAUUAGGGCACGAAGAGAGAAGGUCUUCACGAGACGGAGAUUGAGUGGCAAGGCCAGCAGAGAUCAGAAGCGCAAGGAGGACAUGAAGGUUGUGGCGGAAGGAGAGCAUCUUAUUCGCAAGGAACUGCAGGAUCUUGAGGCCGCGAGGGCCGAAGGCCAGGAGGCCGUGCUCGAGCAGGAUCAGACUGUCAGUCAGUUACUGGGCGAGGAGCGCAUGCGCCAGAAGAGCAAGCGGAAGAUGCUGAGGAGUGGUGGCAUGGAGGAAGAGAUGGACCUGGAUUGA